UUCAUAGUCAUACUGCUGUGAACCCUGGCAUACAAGUGUCUAUUUGAAUCCCUGUUUUUCUUUUGAGUAUAUAUCUAAAAUUGGAAUUGUUGGUUGUUUUAGGUAUCAUUAAUUCCAACUCAUAGUGACCCCAUGUGACAGAGUAGAACUGCCCCAUAGGGUUUUCUUGGCUGUAAUCUUUAUGGAAGCAGAUUGCCGGGUCUUUCUGCCACAGAGCUGCUGGGUGGGUUCAAACUCCCAACCAUUCAGUUAGCAUUCGAGUGCUUAACGAUUUGUGCCACCAGGGCUCCUUUGGAAUUGCUGGAUCAUGUGGUAAUUCUAGGUUUAACUUUUUGAGGAACAGUCAAAACUGUUUUCCACAGAGACUGCACCAUUUUACAUUCCUACCAGCAGUGCACAAAAGUUCCAGUUUCUCCACAUCCUCACCAAUGCUUGUUAAUUUUUAUGUGUUUUGUUGUUUUUAUAAGAGCUGUCCUGUUGUUGUUGUUGUUAGGUGCUAUUGAGUUGGUUCCACUUAGAGCCACCCUGUGUACAACAGAACAAAACACUGCCCAGUCCUGCGCCAUCCUUACAAUUGCCACUUUGUCAGUCCAUCUCAUUGAGGGGCUUCCUCUUUUUCGCUGACCCUCUACCAAGCAUGAUCUCCUUCUCCAGGGACUCGUCCCUCCUGAUAACAUGUCCAAGGUACAUAAGACGAACCUUGCCAUCCUCCCUUCUAAGGAGCGUCCUGGCUGUACUUCUUGAAAAACAGAUUUGUUCAUUCUUCUGGCAGCCCAUGGCAUAUUCAGUAUUCUUUGCCAGUACCAUAAUUCAAAGGCAUCGGUUCUCCUUUGGUCUUCCUUAUUUACUGUCCUGCUCUUGCAUGCAUAUGAGGCAACUGAAAAUAUCAAGGCUUGGGUCAGGUGCACCUUACUCCUCAAGGUGGCAUAUUUGCUUUUUAACACUUUAAAGAGAUCUUUUGCAGCAGAUUUAUCCAAUGCAAUAUGUCGUUUGAUUUCGUAACUGCUGCUUCCAGGGGUGUUGAUUGUAGACCCAAGAAGAAUGAAAUCCUUGACUACUUCAAUAUUUUCCCUAUUUAUCAUGUUGUUGCUUGUUGGUCCAAUUGUGAAGAUUUUUGUUUUCUUUAUGUUGAUGUGUAAUCCAUAUUGAAGACUGUAGUCUUUGAUCUUCAUCAGUAAAUGCUUCAAGUCCUCCUCACUUUCAUCAAGGAAAGUUGUGUCAUCUGCAUAUCACAGGUUGUUAAUGAGUCUUCCUCCGAUCCAGAUGCCUCGUUCGUCAUCAUGUUUCCAGCUUCUUGAAUUAUUUACUCAGCAUACAGAUUGAAUAAGUAUGGUGAAAGGAUACAACCCUAAUGCACACCUUUCCUGAUUUUAAACCAAACAGUAUCUCCUUGUAUUCAAAACAACUGCCUCUCGGUCUAUGUACAGGUUCCACAUGAGCACAACUAAGUGUUCUGGAAUUCCCAUUCUUUGCAAUGUUUCCGUAAUUUAUUAUGAUCCACACAGUCAAAUGCUUUUGGUAGUCAAUAAAACGCAGGUAAACAUCUUUCUGAUAUUCUCUGCUUUUAGCCAAGAUUAAUAUGACAUCAGCAAUGACAGCCCUCAUUCCACAUUCUAUUCUGAAUCUGGCUUGAAGCUCUGGCAGUUCCCUGUUGAUGUACUGCUACAACUAUUUUUCAAUUAUCUUCAGCAAAAUUUUACUUGAGUAUAACAUUAAUGAUACCGUUUGAUAAUUUCCACGUUCUGUUGUGCCACAUCAGCAAAUGAAGAUCCUGAAAGCUUUAUUCCAUCCAUGCCGUUAAGGUCAACUCUACUUUGAGAAGGCAACUGUCCCCCCAUCAUAUUUUGAGUGCCUUACAAGCUGAGUGGCUCAUCUUCUGGCACUAUAUCAGACAGUGUUCCACUACUAUCUAUAAGGUCUUCACUGGGCAAUCUUGUCAGAAGUAGAUUGCCAGGUCCUUCUUACCAGUCUGAAACCUGUCCACCAUGGGUGACCCUUCUGCCAUGUGAAAUACCAGUAGCAGAGCUUCCAGUAUGACGGCAAUAUGCAAGCCACCACAGCACAACAAACUGACAGACAAGUGGUGGAUAGCCAUUCUAGUGGGUGUGUGAAGUAUCUCAUCGUGGUUUUGAUUUGAAUUUCCCUAGUAACUAAUGUUGAGUAUCUUUUCAUGUGCUUAUUGGCAAUUCGUAUAUCUUCUUUGGAAAAUUGUCUAUUGAGGUCUUUUGCCCAUUUUUCAGUAGGGUUGUUUUUGUGGCUUUCGAGUUAUAGAACUUCUUUAUAUAUUCUGGAUAUUAAUCUCUUAUCAUAUAUAUGAUUUGUAAAUAUUUCCUUCCAGUGUGUGGGCUGUCUUUUCACUCUCUUCAUUAUGUCCUUUGAUGCACAAAAGUUUUUUUUUUUUUUUUAUGUUGAUGAAAUCUAAUUUAUCUAUGUACUUUUUGGUGUCAUAUCUUAAAAAUCAUUGCCUAAUCCAAAGUCAGGAAGAGUUUUACCUACAUUUUCUUCUAAGAGUUUAGUAGUUUUAGCUCUUAAAUUUUAGGCCUUUGAUCCAUUUUGAGUAAAUUUUUGUGUAUGGUAAGGCAAGGAUAUAGCUUCAUUAUUUUGUAUGUGGAUAUGCAGUUUUCCCACCAUCGUUGAAAACUGCCCUCUCCCAAUUGAGUGUUCUUGGCACCCUUGUGAAAAUAUAUUGACUAUAUAAGCCUGGGUCUGUUCCCGGGCUCUCUAUUCUAUUCCAUUUGUCUAUGUGUCUAUCAUUAUGCCAGUACAACACUGUUUUCAUUACUGUAGAUUUGUCAUUUUUUUUUUUAUUGUGCUUUAGGUCAAAGUUUACAAAAAUUUAUACACAUUGUUAUGUGACCCUAGUUGCCAUCCCUAUAAAGUAACAGCACACUCCCCCUUUCCAGCCCAGAUUUCCCGUGUCCAUUCAACCAGCUCCUAUCCCUUUCUGCCUUCUCAUCUCACCUCUAGACAGGAGCUGCCCAUUUAAUCUUGUGUAUCUGCUUGAACUAAGAAGCACACUUUCACGGGUAUUAUUUUAUGUUUUAUAGUACAGUCUAAUCUUUGUCUGAAGAGUUGGCUUCGGGAAUGGUUUCAGUUCUGCGUUAACAGGGAGUCCAGGGGCCAUGUCUUCUGAGGUUCCUCUAGUCUCAGUCAGACCAUUAAGUCUGGUCUUUUUACAUGAAUUUGAGUUCUGCACCCCACUUUUCUCUUGCUCCAUCAGGUACUCUCUGUUGUGUUCCCUGUCAGUGCGGUCAUUGGUGGUAGCUGGGCACCAUCUAGUACUUCUGGUCUCAGGCUGAUGGAGUCUCUGGUUUAUAUGGCCCAUUUUGUCUCUUGGGCUAAUAUUUUCCUUGUCUCUUUGGUGUUCUUCAUUUUCCUUUGCUCCAGGUGGGUUGGGACCAAUUGAUGCGUUUUAGGUGGCCACUUGCUAGCUUUUAAGACCCCAGACACCACUCACCAAAGUGGGAUGCAGAACAUUUUCUUUAAUAAACUUUGUUAUGGCAAGUGACCUAGAUGUCACGCAGAACCAUGGUCCCCAGACCCCCACCCCUGCUACUCUCUCCCUCAAAGUGUUUGGUUGUGUUCAGGAAUCUUCUCAGCUUUUGGUUUAGUCCAGUUGUGCUGACUUCCCCUGUAUUGUGCAUUGUCCUUCCCUUCACCUAAGAUAAUUCUUAUCUACUAUCUAGUAAACGAAUUCCCCUCUCCCUCCCUCCCCACCCUAGUAACUAUCAAAUAAUGUUUUCUUCUGUAUUUAAACCUUUUCUUGAGUUCUUAUAAUAGUGGUCUCAUGCGAUAUUUGUCCUUUUGUCACUGACUAAUUUCACUCAGCAUAAUGCCUUCCAGAUUCAUCCAUGUUGUGAAGUGUUUUGUGGAUUCAUCACUGUUCUUUAUAGUUGUGUAGUAUUCCAUUGUGUGAAUAUACCAUAAUUUGUUUAUCCAUUCAUUCACCGAUGGGCACCUAGGUUGUUUCCAUCUUUUUGCUAUUGUGAACAGUGCUGCAGUGAACAUGGGCGUGCAUAUAACUAUUUGUGUGAUGGCUCUUAUUUCUCUAGGAUAUAGUCCUAGGAGUAGGAUUGCUAGAUUGUAUGGUACUUCUAUUUCUAGCUUUUUAAGGAAGCACCAAAUCAAUUUCUAAAGUGGUUUUACCAUUUUACAUUCCCACCAGCAGUGUAUGUCGUUAAGUUUUGAAAUCAGGAAGUUUAAGUACUCCAGCUUUGUUCUUUUUCAGGAUUGUUUUGGCUCUUCAGGGUCUCUUCAGGUUCCAUAUGAGUUUUGGGAUAGGUUUUUCUGUUUCCAUAUAAAAAGUGUGGCUGUCUUGAACCUAAGCUUUUUGUUGGUCAGAAUCAGGAAAGGAGAGUCCCUGGAGGUUCAUCCCAAGAAAUCUUCCUGGAAGAAGGUAAUGUGAAGCAGCUUUGAAAAAGAGGAGAGGAACCUCCUGAGGGUGGUCCUGCCUCCAGGGGAUCAUCAAUCCCUUGCCCAACUGUCUUUAGGCAUGCUGAGGACAGCAGGACAUGCCCCUUUAGCUUGGUCUUCCCCAGCCUUGCACCAGCCUAUUUUACUGAAUUUAUCUCCCAACUGUUCCAUUCCAGAAGCCUCCAGAAGUACACCUAUCCUAGAGCAUCUCCUGGCUCCAGACAGGACUCCCAUUCUUUCUUUUUAUUGCCCGCUGGUGAAACACCUACCCAGCCUCCCGGAAAACCUCCUUUAUGAAAGCCUUCUGUGAUCGUUAAGGUUGUGUGUCAACUUGGCUGGGCCAUGAUUCUCAGUGGUUUGGCAGCUGUGAUGUAGUUUGGCAGUUGUGAUCACUUUUCAUGAUGAGAUUUGAUAUAAUGUGAUCACCUGCACGAUGUGAUCUGCUGUGAGAAGCCAGUCAGUUGAAAGGGAAUUUCCUUGGGGGUGUGGCCUGCAAGCAAAAUAAGUGGACUUUUGGCAAGGCUCCUGGGCUUUUGCUUGCUCUGGAUCCUGCAGCUGGCUACUGUUUGUCUGACCUCUGGCUCUUGGGACUUGAGCUAGCAGCUUACCUGUGUCUUGCCUGCUGAUCUUGGGAUUCAUUGGUCUUAAUAUCCUCUUGCCAAGAGCCCUGCUGUCUGACCUGCCGAUCUUGGUUCUGCUAGCCCCUGUGGCUCUUUGCAUCAGGAGAAGCCUCCAGCCUGAUCCACAGACUUGGGACCUUCCAGCCUCUACAACUGUGUGAGCUAUUGAUAUAAAUCUCUCUAUAUAUAUUUAUAUGCUUUAAUGGUUUUGCAUCUCUAGAAGACCUAGCCUAAGAUACCUUCCUUCCUGGCAGGUGGGGUUGAUCACCCGGUUGAUUACUUUUCCAUGUGAACUGACCAUUUCUUUGUCUAGACUUUUAAGCCUAUCUCAUCUUGACCUCCCUCCCCCCUGCUUAUAUGCCUUGUGAAUGGAAGUGGCCUAGCAAAGACAGGAGAAAACACCCCUUGGCAAGGUUUCUUGGCAAGGUCCCUGGAAGGGGAAGCCAGCAGGAGAGUGAGGCGGGGCUCAGGGACAGAAAUGUGUGCCCAGCCUGAGCACAGGUCCUGAACAUUGGGACCUGUCUCCUCCAGACUUACCAUCCAUUUAGUGAGUAUCCACCAUAUGCAAGGCACCAUGCUAGUAACAGGAGCCACUGUGAUGAGCAGGAGACUUGUCCUUUUGUUGCUUAUAGCUGUGGGGAGAUGACCUUAAUCAGAGAAUUACUAUGAGGUGCUAAUAACGGGAAGUAUCUUAUACUAGGAAUGCGUGUGACUAGGCACCUGAUGGGAAUGUGUGUGGGGAGAGGGGCAGUGUGUGUGACAUUUCCUGGCCUGGAGAAAGUGCUGGCUUCCACAGGCCUCUGGUCAAUGUUUGGGGCAGGCAGGGGUGACAAUGAGUGGCAUGCCCCACCAGUCCUCUACUUUUUCCACAAAGCCCUCCCUUCUGGGGUCCUCCUCCCACAAGUCCUAAGCUGCUUCUUAUGGAAUAAACUCUUGUACAGUGUCUCGACCCUCCAGGCCCAUGGGAUGACUAAGUGGUCUUUGAACUGUUCUCAUUCCGUCAAGGAGCUGGGCCAUUCACAGUAGGCACCACCCAGGCAACCUCCAUUUUCCCAGGCUGCUGGCUACCAGCCUGGUUCCCCACAAAGGCCCAAAGUCCUAACUUCCACAAAUUUCACGCACUCCCUUUCUCACCCCUAGGCCACACACCUGCAGGUUGUUUUCCUUUUACCUUAAAAACUCAGGUAGUGAUUAACUCUUCCUUUCCAGGCUUAUGAGGGUCUAGUGUGUGAGUCAGCCAAGGGGGUGGAAAUGGGGGUGGGACAGAGGCCGGGGGUUGAGCCAAAAGGGCAGGUGCUUAAGAGCUGUGAGCACCACUGUCCAAUUCCCUCCACAGAAUGCCAGCCUCUUAAGCCAGGGCCUCCAAGUGGUCGCUGUCCUGCAAUGGGUCUUCUCUUUCUUGGGGCUUGCCCAGGUGUGCAUGGCUGUGCUCCUCUCUCUGCUGGUAGGCCGGGCCUGGAUCCUAGCGGUCCUCUACCUGGUCUGGCUCUAUAGAGAUAGAGACUCACCUCGGACGGGAGGCCGCCGCUCUGCCUGGGUCCGCAACUGGGCGGUCUGGAGACACUUCUGUGACUAUUUCCCAAUCUCGCUCGUUAAAACCGCAGAGUUGGAUCCUUCGUGCAACUACCUCUUCAGCAUCCACCCUCGCGGGAUCCUGGUCGUCGGGGCCUUCGGCAACUUCUGCACAGAGGCCACAGGCUUCUCUCGUCUCUUCCCCGGCCUCUGGCCGCACCUGCUCAUGCUGCCCUGUUGGUUCCACCUCCCUUUCUUCCGGGACUACAUCAUGAGUGGUGGUGAGGAGUGCGAGGCCAGGCCACAGGACCCCCAGGCCCAGCUGUCGCCGCCUACCUCGGCUUCCUCCCUUCCUGAGAUCCUGGUCCCCAACUUCCCUACGCCCCCCUUGAAGACCCAACUCUGGUUUCCCAAACUCUGCCCUCCCCCCAAGUUUGGUCUCCUCAGACAAGGCCAGUGUCUCCUACUGUUGUCUCGGCCUGGGGGUGGCCAGGUGGCGGUCCUGGCUGUCGGAGGGCCCCUGGAGGCGCUGGAGGCAAAACCCGGAGAGCCGAUCUUACGGAUCCGGAAUCAGAAGGGAUUCAUCAAGCUGGCGUUGGAACACGGGGCCUCCCUGGUGCCGGUCUUCUCUUUCGGAGAGAACGAACUCUUCCAGCAGAUCCCCAACCCGCGGGGUUCCUGGCUGCGGGCGGCCCAGGAAGCGCUGCAGUCGCUGCUGCGCGUGGCCCUGCCGCUCUUCUACGGUCGCUGGGGCCUGCUACUGCCCUUCCGUACUCCGGUCCACACUGUCGUGGGGGCCCCGAUCCCAGUGCAGCUGACGCCCUGGCCCAGCCAGGCCCAGGUGGACUCGCUGCACGCGCUCUACGUGGAGCGGCUCAUGCAGCUCUUCGAGGAGCACAAGGCGCGCUACGGCGUCCCAGCGCACCAGCACCUCGUCCUCACUUAGGCGCGCCCUGGCCAUGCCGGGACUCCCUGGGGCUUGGGGCAGGGAGUAAAAUUAAAGCUGGUGAAAACAGCAGAGCUGCCUCCCAACCAGAACUACGUGAUGGGCGUUCACCCACAUGGGAUCAUGUGCGCUGGGGCCUUCUGUAAUUUCAGCACCGA